AUGGCGCUGCAGGGAGCAGGUCUCCAAAUACCCGAUGCGCGUGACCGUGAUCGUUCCAAGCUCAUCAAGCGCCGGAAAGUCACGAUCGCCUGUGAGCAAUGUCGCGAGAGGAAGCGCAAGUGUGACGGAGUGCGUCCCCUGUGUGGCUCCUGUGCCCGGCGGCAGCCGCCCUCCAAGUGUGUUUGGUCGCAGGAAAGAUGGCGGCACAUACCUGCGCUGGAAGCGCUGGACGCGCGCAUCAAGCAGCUCGAGGCCUCCCGGCCCGGCACCAGUGAGACUAGUGCCAGUGACUCCUCUCUUCCUUUGAGCCAGGUCAACGAGGGCUCGGUUCCUUCAAGAACCACGAUGACGACCAGUCACCGGCGGCGGCCCGUUCAGCCUGGUCCAUGGCAGGAAGGCGCUUUCCCUCCCGCACGUCCUCAGCCAGAGCCCCACGGCUACGGCGAGGUUGAUACCGCUCGGAAAGCGGACCCUCACAAGCUGUCGAUCCAGAGCAUGCUCAGUACCGAGAACAACAUGGAGCAAGCAUCUGAGAGUUCGCGGGUGGAUGCCAUGGGCACAACGUCUGCGUUUAUCGCUCGGUCAGAAUCCACGGAACACCCUGGCUCAGCAUUCUUCGGCCCGUCUAGCACGUCCAGCUUCCUGGGUGUGGUCCGGCUCAUCAUUGGGAGGUCGUCUAAUGUUCCCGGUCGAACACCACCAAGUCAGCAUACAGCAGAAUCGCGAUCCUCCAAUCUGUGUUCGGCUACAUCAUCCCAUGUCUCCCCUGAGCAAGAUCUUGGCUGGAAAUACAGCAGCUCGGUGUUCGAGCUCCCGCCUCGAGGGGAGGCGGAUAUGCUGGUUGCCAAUUACUUUACAUGGGUUUACUCGCUUUAUCCGAUCAUCCAUCGCCCCUAUUUUAACGCCAGAUAUGAAAGAUUGUGGCAACGGCCGCAUAUGCAUGCUUCUCCGAUCACGCUGGAGGACAUUCUCUUUCAUUGCAUGCUUAAUGCCAUUCUUGCCCUGGGGACGCAAUUCCAUCCCGAACUGGAGCCACACAGUAGGGUAUCCAAAAGCGAGUUGUUUUUCGCGCACUGUCAACAGCUUCUCACGCUCGAUCUCUUUGCGCACAGCGAUUUCAUGACGGUGCAGUGCCUCCUCCUCAUGUGCUAUUUCCUCCUGAGCACGGACAAACCGGACUACUGUUGGAAUCUUUCCGGGCUGGCUCUCAGAAUGGCUCAGGCCAUUGGUCUCCACAUUGACUCGGCCGAUGAUUGCAGCCAGACGGGCUCUCGACGCGACCAGGUGGACGUUGAGCUCCAAAGGCGAGUUUGGGGGGGCUGUUGUUUGCUGGACAGAUCUCUUUCCUUUCUAUACGGAAGGCCUUUGAUGAUGUAUCCUCAUUUGACCUCGCAGUUUGUCUUUCCAUCGUUGAUUGACGACGAGUAUCUUACCCGGCUUCCCGAUCCGCCUGGCAGUCAGCCGGAAGGCAUCCCGAGCGUCAUGGCUACCUGGUCGCAUUGCCUGAGACUGGGCGAAAUCCUGGGCGAGAUUAUAUCCACCUUCUACCAAGGCAAUCAAUCAUCCAUCUCCACGCUCGGAGACAUCAAGCUUGGAAGAGACUUUGGCAAUCCGUCCCUCUUCAGCAGACUGAAGCAGGGCGAUUUCAAAGACUUGUUCACCCUCGACGCCAGGUUGCACGACUGGUACGAACAACUUCCUGCCUAUCUGAAGAUAAGUUCCAACCCAGACCCGGGAAUGCCUGGCGACGGUGGUGGUGGUGGUGGUGGUUACCAAUCCCACUGGGACUACUGUUUCAGUUCCACUUCUACUUCCUUGGGCCCUUCGCCGGCAACCGAUGGUAGCUCUGGUCCGUCGCCCAGCGGCCACUAUGGCGAAGCGAACAUUCCCAAGAUCCGCAAUUUCCAGCGGGAGGCCAAUGUUCUCAAGGCAAGAUGGCUCCAUGUCCGCGUCUUCCUCUCUCGACCUGCGCUUUUGGUCAUCCUCGACCGGGACCAGUAUGCUUUCACCUUCGGCUACAACGAGGACACGUAUCUAUCCCGAUCGGUCUUGCAUCUACGCAUGUUGAGCAGCCUGGCCGAUCUGUGUGUGUCGGCGGCUCAAGAUCUGGUGGAUUUGGUCUACAACAAUUGCCCAUCUGAGCAUAAGUUGCUUCACGUGUGGUGGUACAGUGUUUGCUGUAAGGACUCUGAUACAACUCCGUCAUGA